AUGACCCGCUGCUCCUACGGCAUCAGCUCCGGCCAUGCCACCAGGAAUUUCAGCUCUUCCUCUGUAGCUCUUCCCCGGAAUCGAUGCAGUUUCAGCAUUGCCUCGUGUCACUGGGGUGGUGGCAUGGGCUGCCGUGGUUUGGGUUAUUUCAGCAGCAGAAGUCUUGAUGGUGUGGCAUUCUCCAGGCCAAGGAUAGCUGUUGGAAGAUGUCCUCCUCCGAGGCGUGGAUAUGGCUGUGGUGCAGCCGGCAUGGGGUUCAGCUGCAGAGGUUCUGCUUUUGGCUACAGGGUUGGUGGAGUCUCCAGGCCAUGCACCAUUGCACCCAUCACCAUCAAUGAGCACCUGCUCCAGCCGCUCAGACUGGAACUCGAUCCCAACACGCAAACAGUGAAGUACCAAGAGAAGGAGCAGAUCAAGACCCUCAACAACAAAUUUGCUUCUUUCAUCAACAAGGUUCGAUCCCUGGAACAGCAGAACAAGGUGCUGGAGACCAAGUGGAGCUUUCUGCAAGGUCGAAAGCACUGCAGGAACACCAUCACGCCCAUGUUCAGGGCUUAUAUUGGUAACUUGAAGAAGCAGCUGGAAGCACUGGGGUGCGACAGAGCCCAGUUAGAAACAGACCUGAGAGCAGCACAGCAGGUUUUGGAAACCAACCAGCAAAUGUACAAGGACGAAUGCAGCCAGCGGACGUGCACCGAGAGCGAGUUUAUAACCCUGAAGAAGGAUGUGGAAUGUUUUUUCUUAAACAAAGCAGAGCUGGAGGCCAAGGUGGAAAGCCUGAAAGCAGAGGCUGAACUCCUGAGAAUGUUCUACACAGAGGAAAUCCACCAGCUGCGGGCCCGGAUCUCAGCUACCUCGCUGAUCAUGCAGAUGCACAACAGCCAAGAUCUCGACUUGGAUGGCAUCACUGCAGGUGUCAAGGCUCAGUACGAGGACAUUGCCCGCAGGAGCCAGGCAGAAGCACGGGACUGGUAUGAAAGCAAGUUUAAGGAGCUGCGAGUCACUGCAGGCAGAAACGCUGACAGCCUGCCAGAGGCAAAAAUCAAGAUAGCUGAGCUGACACGGACAGUCCAGAGACUGAACGGAGAAGUCAGAAGAGCCAAGGACCAGCGCUGCAAGCUGGAAACCGCCGUGGCCAAGGCUGAACAGCAUGGGGAAACCACCAUCAAGGAUGCGAAACACAAACUCUCUGAGCUGGAGGCCGCCCUGCAGAAGGCGAAGCAGGACCUGGCCCGGCAGCUCCGCGAGUACCAGGAGCUCAUGAACGUCAAGCUGGCCCUGGACAUCGAGAUUGCGACCUACAGGAAGCUGCUGGAGGGCGAGGAGAGCAGGUGCCCACGCGUCAGGCAACAGAAACUCGUGCUGGACCAGCAGCGCGGGGGUCUGCGGCGCAGCGGCAAGCUGCAGUGA